UUUGGUCCAUGUUCGGGAGAUUGGCCCGAAGAUGAGGCUGCUCGUUGAUGGACAGAGAGAGUGAGAAGGGGGUUGUGUCCUUCCACUGUCCCGUGUGCCGUCUGGUGCUUCGCUGGACUUUAGCGAGGAUUGGCUGCCUGAGGCAACAAGCCUGUCUCCGCGAUAGGCAGGUAGGACGGGGCAGCUGAUCAAGGCGGCACAAGCAUGACAGACAAGCCUUUGCUUGCCUUUGCCUUUCCUCGGGUGCCCGGGAUCGGGGCGAAUUUUCCCUCACUUCCAUUCCUUCACACGCCCUCGCUUUCCCCUCCCUCCCUCCGACUCCUCCAACAUCCCCUCGUGGCUAUCCAAAUACACCACCACCACUACCUUACCACCGACUCCUCCAUCGCCCGUUUGGCUCCCCGCUCGCCAUGUUUUGACUAUCCGACUCUAGCCCUCUCAAUCCGCACUCGCCAUCUCCCAGACUCCCCGCCAAUCUGCGCCGAACGUCGCAUUCUCCGCCUCCCGCGAUUCUGGCGCCUCCUCCUCGUGCGCCGCCCUUCUCGCCGUCUCCAAACCCCAACUACCGCCACUCCACCGACUCCGAAGUCAAGUUGGCGGGGCUUCAAGGACUCCAGUUCACCUACGCUCGCCCCUUGCUCGGACCGCUGUGGUUCGUUUGCGGAGGGGACCUCAAGCAACCUCCCUAAAUUGCGGACCCUGCUGCGGAGGACAUAGAAAGAUACACUUAGAUUCCGAUGGGCUAAUCGGCGAGCGUCAGGGGAUUGGGUGUACAGGUGGCCAGCCGUUAGGCCUCUCAGCACUAUUAGU